AUGUUACUGUUGUUCCCUGGUUGCCAUGGUCAACACCCACCUGCUCCUCAGACCUCCUCCUGUUGGUUUGGAGGCGCUGACGCAGGGGCCGGAGAUGACGACUGCAAAGACAGCAUCAAGCACGAGUCGGAGGAGAUCCGGAUCGGCGUGGUGCACUCCUCGCACAUCUCCUGGAGCGACGAGUCCAAAUGCAAGCACCACCACUCCUCGCCGCCCUCGCUGGCGCCCCCGCAAGUUCCCAUCGCCGUCAUCCCCAUGGUCCCGGUGGUCACGGCGACGCCCUCCCUGCCCCUGACCACGGCCAUCGCGUCGGCCACCACGCCGCUCAACGUUGCCUCCCCGUACGCCAAGAAACCCUGCUCACCGCCGCAGCAGAACCACCGCCACCUGCUCUGCGCCACUCAGGUGAAGGUGGAGCCCACACCCAUCGCCUGCGGGAAGCCGGGACCGCCGCCGCAGCUGCCCCAGCAGGUCCACGUGCCCUACGCGGCCUCCAUGAACGGGCCCGCCUCUCAUCUCCUGGCACAGCAGCGGGCAAACGGCGCCGUCAUGGAGGAUAUGAGAGCGGGGACGAGAGAGGUGCACAACAAGCUGGAGAAGAAUAGACGAGCGCAUCUAAAGGAGUGUUUCGAAACCCUAAAGAAAAAUGUCCCAAACGUGGACGAAAAGAAGACGUCCAACCUCAGCGUCCUCCGCAGCGCCCUCCGCUACAUUCAGAUGGAUCAGUUUGCAUUCUCCACAUAA